AUGCACCGCUGGUUCCUCUGUGUUCUCUUUCCAUUGACCAUGACGACCUGCUGUCAUCUUGAUGCAGCCAUUACCAUCUCUCCUCUGAGUUUGGAGGGUCUGAGUGGCUCCUGUCUGCUAAUCCCAUGUCACUUCACUGUCAAGAAUGGAUCACAGUACUCUGGCCGAAACACUGCUGACAGAUAUUUCUUCAGAGUGGAGGAUGGAGACUUCAAGUCCACAGCGUCCUGUUCUGCUAUCAAUAUAACAGUAAGAGACUCUCCCUGGAGUCCUAUAAUCACAGUCUCUGGUGCUCAGACAGAGACACAGGUGGUGACUGUGACCUGCUCAGCGGUCACUCCCUGUCCAGGUGCCCCUCCUCGCCUCACAUGGAACCUCCACCAAGACUCUGCCAGCGUCACAGAGAGCAGCCCAAACGGGACAUUUACCACUAAAAUCACUCACAGAAUAACUCUGACGUCUUCACAUAAUGGCACCAACAUCACUUGUUUCGCUGCGUAUCCUGUGAAUGGAAAAAACAAGACGACUCAAGCGACCCUCGCUCUCAGUGUUUCAGAGUCAGAUGCAAUGAUUCCCAAAGGUGAAGCUGCUGUUGUGACGUGGCUUCCUGCUGUGAUCGUCCCUGUUGCUUUGAUCAGUGGUUUUCUCCUUGUCUGGCAUUUUAGAUGUAGGCGUCCACAAUUACAGCCCCCUCAGGUCCAAACCACGGAGGCGGUCAUUAAGGAACCAGUUCAUCCCGAAGACAGCGUCCUCUAUGGAGACCUGAGAUUCACGCCGCACACGUCGACUCCGAAACCCAAAAACCUGCAGGAGGAGACGGUGUACUCACCAGUCAAAGUAUCCAGUAACAUCAGGCAGGCUGUGGAAAUGGCCGAUGUGUACGCGCAAAUUAAGAAGAAAUAA